AUGACUUUUAUUGCGCUCAGAUUCCAAAAAUUCAAUCCUAAUCAUCCUAAUUGUCUACUUACAUACGUAUCAUCUUCUUCAUUCACCCCUUCCAUUUUCUUUCUUCCUCUCCAACACACACAGAGCUUAUUGAGAUCCCCACAUAUUCAUUAAUUCCUAACUUGUCCUCUCUUCACUUCUCUUCACACCCAUCAUCAUCCAUCAUAGUCAGUAGUAGUCAUGGCGUCACUGAGCUUUACUAGUCAGAUCGGAGGUAAAGAUGCAUCAUGGCUCCAAUGUCGGCCACUGGGUUUUGGACGGUGUGCUGAGAGAGUCCGUUUCAGGGUUUUUGCUUCGGAGUCUCCAACUCACCCUGAUCUCAGCGUCACGGUUAAUGGGUUGAGGAUGCCGAAUCCGUUUGUCAUCGGGUCGGGUCCUCCCGGGACCAAUUACACUGUUAUGAAGAAGGCCUUCGAUGAAGGUUGGGGUGCUGUCAUCGCCAAAACGGUGUCAUUGGAUGCUUCAAAAGUUAUAAAUGUUACUCCUCGAUAUGCUCGGCUAAGAGCAGGAGCAAAUGGCUCAGCCAAAGGACAAAUUAUUGGUUGGGAAAAUAUUGAGCUCAUAAGUGAUCGACCUCUUGAAACCAUGCUUAAAGAAUUCAAGCAAUUAAAAGAAGAGUAUCCUGACAGGGUACUUAUUGCUUCUAUCAUGGAGGAGUAUGACAAAGCUGCAUGGGAGGAACUUAUUGACCGAGUUGAGCAAACUGGAAUUGAUGCUAUUGAAAUCAAUUUCUCAUGUCCUCAUGGUAUGCCGGAGCGAAAAAUGGGCGCUGCAGUUGGGCAAGAUUGUGCACUUUUAGAGGAAGUUUGUGGGUGGAUUAAUGCAAAAGCCACUGUCCCUGUUUGGGCAAAAAUGACUCCAAACAUUACUGACAUUACACAGCCAGCUAGGGUGGCUCUGCGAUCAGGAUGCGAGGGGAUAUCUGCCAUAAACACAAUCAUGAGUGUCAUGGGAAUCAACCUCAAUACCUUGCGUCCAGAGCCUUGUGUUGAGGGAUACUCAACUCCUGGGGGCUAUUCUUGCAAGGCAGUCCAUCCUAUUGCGCUUGCAAAAGUGAUGAGUAUUGCGCAAAUGAUGAAGGCGGAAUUCAGAGAUAAGGAUUAUUCCCUUUCUGGUAUUGGAGGUGUUGAGACAGGUGGUGAUGCUGCUGAAUUUAUUCUUCUUGGAGCAAAUACAGUUCAGGUAUGCACGGGAGUUAUGAUGCAUGGGUACGGUCAUGUUAAGAAACUUUGCUCCGAGUUGCAGGAUUUCAUGAAGAUGCAGAAUUUUUCAUCAAUAGAAGAUUUCAGAGGGAUUUCUCUUGAAUAUUUCACAACCCACACAGAUUUGGUACGGAGGCAACAAGAAGCAAUUCGACAGAGGAAAGCUGUCAGGAAAGGUUUGCAGUCUGACAAAGAAUGGACCGGAGAUGGUUUUGUGAAUGAAACUGAAAGCAUGGUUUCUAACUAAUUGUAUUGCAAUGUGAUGUGAUUUUCUCUUGCUCAAAAACAAGAACAGAAACUGGGCUGUUCUCGGUCGUAUAAUUGAAAACUAUUUUGGUUACAAACUCUACAGCUUGUGUUGAGUGAAACAGUAGAAAGCCAAAACGAAGAGUGAAUGGUGUAUAAAACAUUUUCUCAUACUUGAAUAAUUUGCUUAAGAAGGUUACUUUGAGUGAAUAAUUUUUAU